AUGGACUCAGCUUUUCAGCUGACCCUGCUUCAUUUACUCGUACUAUUUUCUCUUGUUUGUGGGGCAAAGCCUUUGUGUCUCCCAGAUGAGCGCACAGCCUUGUUGCAGUUCAAGCAAAGCUUUAUCAUCCAUGAGUCUGCCUCUACCAGUCCAUAUGCCUAUCCGAAAACCCAAUCCUGGAAACAAAGUGGCGGUGAUUGCUGUUCAUGGAACGGGGUGGCGUGCGACAACAACACCGGUCAUGUAAUCGGCCUCAACCUCAUCAGCAGUUAUCUUUACGGUUCAAUCAAUUCCAGCACCACCCUCUUCCGUCUUGCUCACCUUCGAAGCCUUAAUCUUGCGGACAAUUCGUUCAUUUACUCCGAGAUUCCUUCAGGGAUUAGGAACCUCUCGAGGCUGACAUUACUUGACCUCUCUUACUCCCAUUUAUCCGGUCAGGUUCCUUGGGAAAUCCUGGAGCUGUCGAUGUUGGAGGUUCUUGAUCUGUCGGGGAACUCACUGAAGCUUUGGAAGCCAGGCUUCAGGUCCCUGCUUCACAAGUUAUCCAAUCUGAAAGAACUUUAUCUGGCCGAUGUCAAAAUUUCAUCCUCCGUGCCGAGUCUCCUAGCAAAUUUUUCUUCACUGACAGUUUUAAAUCUAUCCAACUGUGAGUUGCGUGGUGAGUUUCCCACCGGGAUUUUUGAGUUACCGAGUCUGGCGUUUCUCAGCCUGGAAUUGAAUCAGGAGCUUAGUGGAACUUUACCUGAUAAAGUUCCCGAAAAUCACCCUCUUUUGAUAUUAAGCUUAGCAAGCACUAGCUUUUCUGGACAACUGCCAGAGUCAAUUGGAAACUUCAGCUCCAUGGAGCACUUGGACAUCAGCAACUGUCGGUUAUCAGGGAAGCUGCCAUAUUCAAUCGGUAACCUUACUCAACUCAAGCAUCUUGAUUUGUUUUCAAACAAUUUCUCAGGGCCUAUUCCUUCUUCUAUUGGGAACCUGAAUCAACUGGAGUUUUUGGAAUUCUCUGAAAAUAAAUUUUCCGGGCAGAUCCCUUCUUCUUUGGCUAAUCUUACUCUGCUUGAUUAUCUGUCCCUUGCCGCCAACAGUUUCGACCAGGGAAACUUGUCCUGGAUUGGUACUCAAACCAAGCUCACAUACUUGGACUUGUCAAGCACCAAUUUAACUGCUCAAAUCCCAUCGUCUCUCCAAAAUUUGACCCAAAUCACUUAUUUGUAUCUCUCGUCCAAUAAACUAAAUGGCCGGAUUCCACCUAGGAUUGGAAGUCUCACCAAGCUAAUCGAGAUCAAAUUCUAUGAAAAUAAUUUGAGUGGUCCUAUUCCAUAUUCAAUCUUCAAGCUACGAAAUCUUGAGCUUCUUUAUCUACACGCAAACCAACUAAAUGGAGCUCUCAAUUUGCAGUCAUUUCUUGAGCUUAAAAAACUCACCAGACUCGAACUAUCGGGUAACAAUUUGUCCUUACUGACCAACGUCAGCAACAAUGUUGUUCCUCCAAAGUUCAAGCUUCUAGGACUGUCUUCGUGCAACUUAACUGAGUUCCCUAGUUUUUUGCGUGGUCAAGAUGAGUUGGAGAUUUUGAAACUCGCUGACAACAAAAUUCAUGGCCAAAUCCCAUCUUGGUUCUGGGGAGUGGGAGAGCAAACUCUCCAGUACUUGGAUUUGGGGUUGAAUUCCCUGACAGGAUUUCAAAACCUUCCUGCCGUUCUUCCAUGGACUAGCUUAACGGAUUUCAAUCUUGAAUUCAACAUGUUGAAAGGAUCACUUCCCCGUCCACCGCCUUCUAUCAGCUCCUACAGAGUCGCAAAUAACCACUUGUCCGGAGAAAUCCCACCAAUUUUCUGCAAUCUUUCUUCCAUUUUGGUUUUGGAUUUGUCCAAUAACAACAUGACUGGGAUGUUGCCGCCAUGCCUAGCCAGUUUGGCUGAAUCUCUUGAAGUUCUCAACCUUCAAAGUAAUCACUUCACCGGUACAAUUCCUCCGACAUAUCCGAAGAACUGCUGGUUGGCGAUGAUGGAUAUAAGCCGAAAUCAGUUGCAAGGGAGAAUUCCGAGAUCACUAGCCCACUGUAAUCAGUUAGAAGAACUAAUUCUUGGGAACAAUCUGAUCAAUGAUAGCUUUCCUUAUUGGUUGGGUGGCCUUCCAAAACUUAAGGUUCUCUCAUUGAGAUCAAACAGAUUGCAUGGCGUGAUAGGGAAACCUCAGACCAAAUCGGACUUCUCGAAGUUGCAAGUAAUCGACCUAUCCAACAAUCGUUUAACGGGUAAGCUGCCAUUUGAGUACUUCAAUGUUUGGAAUGCCAUGAAAAUCGCCAAUACCAGCAGCCUUUCGCAAUACAUGUUUGCAAAUACAAGCUCCCAGAACAAAAAUUACGCGUGGUAUGCUUACUAUAACUACACAGUGACAUUGGCAAACAAAGGCAGGGACCUAAGAUAUGAGAAAGUUCCGGAUUCCAUCGCAGUUAUUGAUUUGUCGAGCAACGAGUUUGAAGGUGAAAUCCCAGAAUCCAUUGGAGAUUUGAAGUUGAUUCGAAUACUGAACUUUUCGAAUAACAAUCUCGCUGGUCGAGUUCCAUUUUCUUUGGGGGAGAUUUCGAACCUUGAAUCUCUGGACAUUUCUAGAAAUAAUCUACAAGGAAAAAUUCCUCCUCAGCUAUCCAAACUCAACUUCCUUGCAACCUUCAAUGUAUCAUACAACCAGCUUGCAGGGCCAAUACCUCAAGGAGCACAGUUUAAUACAUUUAACAACGAUUCCUUUGAGGGAAAUUCAGGAUUGUGUGGCUACCCUUUGUCCAAAAAAUGUGGGAAUCCUGGGGUUCCAUUUUCACCGGCUACUCCUUUGGCACCAGAUGAAGAUGAAGGAAUGUGGAGAGUGAUGAAGUUCGGGUGGACAAUUGUGUUGACAGGAUACGGAGCUGGACUGAUAGUUGGAAUCUCUCUUGGAUGGAUCUUUGACCCAUGGAAAUACGCCUGCUUCCGGAACGUCAUCGGGAAGUGGGCACUGAGUAAAGGUUGGAAUGGAUCUAGGCGAGAAGGCUUCUCCUUGACUUCUGUUUGGAAAAAAGUUUCCCAGAACUAG